AGGUAGUUUUUGAAACACUAUGUUUCUUUAUUUCAUUUUGCCCUUUUAUUUCACUUGAAACCACAUGUAUGAUGAUUAACAUCUGAUUCACACCAAGCCUUUUUGCACUGUUAGUAGCUCCCCCAUAUAAUUACAGUGCUCACAUUGCACAUAGAUGUAGGGGUGCAUCUUGAGAGAAUUCAUUCCAACAUUUAGCUACUGUGCUAGCAGCUGUAAAUACAGGAUGUGCAAAAUAAAAAAUCUUCCUCAAUCUGCAAAUUAUUGGUCAUUGGAUGGGGGCAGUUCAUUCCAAGAAUGGAAACUCGUUGGUAGAUAGGGGUUGAUUAAGCCCUCUUUGACCUUUGGAAAUUAUGCCUUGUAUCGUCUCUGUAAAUGAGUGUAGAAAUGAGGACAAAAGUGCUAAUUCCAGCCUUAUAAAAGUUUUUCAGAGUUUAAAAAUCCUGGAUAAUUCAAGCUUCUAAAUUCUGUAGACUGUCGAAGCCUGUGUUUUCACAAAUGAAGGCAAAUAUGCAUGUCCCAGGAUAAUGUUGCAAGUUCCAAUCUGGGUCGGUCACUGGGACCAGAGAUUUAUUCAGUAAACCUCUGGUUCCUGUGACUGACCCAAAUUGGAUCUCACAAGACUUUUCACACAGUUACCUGGCAAAGGAAUAUAUAUAAAUCUGAAAGCAUAAGAGAGUGUUGCUUGUUGUGAAAGAAUGAGUUGAUUAGUAAACUAUGCAGUGAGAGAUUCAUAAAUCAAUUUCUUGGUAGUGUCAAGAGUUGAAUUUGGGAAGAAUGGAUUGGAGAAAUGGAAGUAAUAGAAAGAAACUAGAGUGACAGUAGAGCAUUUGCAGGAAAUUAAAGUAGAGAUGCUCAGUAGGAACAAGGUGAAGGUAGAGCUCUGAGUCAUUGCACAAAUGAGGGGCCAUGGGCGUGAUCCCAUCAAUACUAACUGAAACCAAACAUAGAAAAAGGAGAACAACCAUAAAAUAGGAGCUCCCACACCCAAAAGCUACCAAAGCACAAGAUAAUAGGGGUUUUAUCUACUAACAUAUAAUUGCACAUUAAUGGUUGUACGUCAGGUAGCAUAUGUAAUGAAAACUAUGCCAUCCGUGUACCACAAAAAAUAUCAACAGGUGCUUGAUAAGAAAAAUAUUAAUCCGAACAAGAUUCCAUUUACUUUAUCUCAUAGAAGAAAACAAAUGUUAGCUCCUCUCCUUGGUCAUGGUAUAAUUUGAGAUUUGUUAGGAAUUGACGUGUUGUGUAUAUGAGAUAAUGAAAAUAUGCAUCAAAAAAGUAUAACAUAACCUUUGUUAUGUGUGAUUAUAUGACAUUGGCUUCUCAAAUCUGAAUCUUCUCCAGAAUUGCUUAGAAUGCACAGAUUACCCUUUAUAUCCUUUUCUCUUUUUUUUUCUUUUUUCUUUUUACUACAAAAGGGAUUUUUGUGUUAAUCUUUUCGUCUGAAUACAAAAAUCAUAUGGCAAGAGAAUACACAUUAAGAUGAAUGUCAGAUUUUAGCUGAGCUCACAGCUGAACUGAAUACCAUCUCGGUAUUUCACUCUGAGUAGGCAAAGUUGAACGAAAGGUUUAAAAUGAACCUGUGAUGAAGUCCUGUAAAAAUAGGAUUGCCUAGUGUUGUUUGGAUCAAAAUAUAGGUAGAUAUGUAAGACAGUAGGGAUCUUCUUUAUUGAUUUCUUAAAAUUCUGUAACUUCAUCUAAUUUCCCUGUAAAAAGUGCAUAUAAAAUGAAUUUGCUGUAAAUUGUAGCGGGAUUUAUAAAUCCAUUUGACUGAUCUCAAAAGCAAAAGCUGUAAAUUUGCCUCCCAGGAUAAGUUUUAACUUUUAUUGAAAAUAGCCACAAAAUGGCAUUUGAUUUUUUUUCUUCCAUUAAGAAAGCUUUGGGCUAUUUUAAAAGGCAAAGAAUAAAUCUUAAUUGAUUCUCUUUGAGUCUAAAGUUUGUGCUUUUGUUUUGUUUGUCUUAUGGUCUGCUUGUAUCUACUCACCAUUCAUUUUCUUGCUUCUUUUCCAGUCUGAGUGUUGACACCAGGACCUAUCCUUGUAAAGUAUUUUAUAAUCUCUACAGGCCUCAGUCUUUAAUAUGGCAAUAGCUUCUUUGCGUCAUGGAGUGACCAUCGCUGGAGCUAUCCUGCUGGUGACGGGAACGCUGUGCUUUGCUUGGUGGAGCGAUGGUGAAAUGGGGGUCACUGCACCCAGCAGUGAUCCCAAAGUCACGCCUCAAGGAGAAACGGAACUUAUGACCAGGGCUUCAUCUUCCAGUCCUGUACUCAGGUCAAUCAGCUUCUUCUGUUGUGGAAUUGGUGGGCUGCUUCUUCUGUUUGGACUCCUUUGGUCAGCCAAUGCUGGAAUAAUUUCCCGGCACUACCAGUACCAUUUUUCCAGUGACCUUCAGUACUCCACAGUCGAACCUCUUGAAAAGCAGACAUGCAGCACCUGGGAGGCCACCAGUAUUCCCACUUACGAGGAGGCUUUGAAUUGUCAACCUGCUGAAAAUGCCUCCAGUGACAUGCAGUCUCAGAUUUCAAAGGAGAUCAGGCUGCCCUUAUAUCAGGUGGUGGAUGAAAAUCACAAAGGGCAGGGGAGCCGAAGACGCAGUUCCUCUGACGGGGUUUUGUUUCGGAACAUUCCACCCAAGCCAAGUUUAGCGUCACAGGAUGAAGCUAUCAUUGUCUGUGACACUCCACCCCCAAGCUAUGAGAGCAUAGGCUUGUGUGAUGGAUGAUCCAGGCAUUUUUUAUAGCACUGUGUAGGAAUUUCUGGAUUGCUGUAGAUAUUUGUUUUCCUUUAAUUAAUUGUGGCACAUUGGGAUAAAAUAACUGCUGUAUAUAUUUUUUUGUAGGAGCUUUUGCUAAAUUAUCCAAGGGUAGUCUCAACAUUGUUUUGUAGUAUGUGAUUAAUAUGUAUCCAGUCAACCUCAUGGAUGUUCAGAUUCUUUGGAGGUGUAUCCAAAAUAUGAACUAAAUAUAACACAAUUAACUUGUGGAGAACUACUUGAAAGAGGCUCAUGAACAGGCCUAGAAGGAAAGUUCACAACAAAUUCAGGUUCUGGGUUAAUGGUUAUUGAAAAAAUAAAAAUGUUCUUAAUAAAAUCUAUUAUCAAUU